AUGUGGUGUAACAUCCACAGAACGUACUGUGGGUUUGUACCAGUGUCUCUGUCCCCCAGAGCUCGAUCACAGCAGCAGCUCGGCCUUCGUCAUGGACGACCUGGACUGGACCUGCUGCAGUCCAGCAGAGGUCGCUGUGCGCGCUCUUCGCUUCGCUCUCCUCUCGGCGAACUGUCGUCGACGCGGAAGUCGGUGCGUGUGUUUACCUCCCCGCUGGCUGCCUUUGUUCGCUGGAAGGCUCAAAGUGCGCAGAGCAGGAGGAAGAUGUGCGCCGUGCGGCUGCUGCGGGUGUCGGUACACGAGCGGAUCAGCGCCGCCGCCGAAGACUUUCUGCUGCAGGUGGAGAAAGGAGGAGAAACGGCUGAAAUCCCGGCGCUGAGAGCGCUGCUCACCGAGCGGCUAACGGCGGCGGCGGAGGAGAUCAUCGGUCUGUUGGAGGAAACCGUGGCGGAGUACGAAGGCAGAGUGGAGCGGUCAGAGCGGGAGAUCUGCCGCCAGAGGAGGCUGCUCGAUGCCGUGCUGAAGCCCGAAGUCCGGCUGCACAGAGCAGAUCUGCUGCAGUCAGUAAACGUGACCCAGACGAACCUCCGGCCUUCAGACCCUGCAGACCCGAACCAGACUCAGUCUGAACACGUCGGCAGCGACGCUUCCCGCCCUCCGACACCUCGCUGCCCCUCUCCAACGUACAACCCGCCCGUCUCGCCGAGCAGCUCGGCCGUCCACAGCGAUCCGGACAGCGACUGGAACGAACAGAAUCAGACUCUCAGAUCCCCGAGGAAAAAGAAAAGAGGCCGGCCGCUGCUCGGCAUCAGAAACAAACGGAAGCGGUCGACUCCGGCUCAGAGUUUCAGCUGUCAGGUGUGUGGACGAGCUCUGCAGGGGAAAGGUUUCCUGCUCAAACACGUCCUGCAAGUCUGUGCCAAAGACCCGGACUGUCGCUGUGGCUUCUGCGGCGAGCGUUUAGACUCGGCCGACGGCCUGAUGGCUCAUCUGCAAACACACCAGGAGAGGAGUAAAACCUGCUCCUUCUGCGGGAAGAUCUUCCAGUCCAUCCUGGCACAGGAGCUGCACGCCCGGCUGCACACCGGAGAGAAACCGUACAGCUGCGACGUCUGCGGCAAGAAGUUCAGCCAGAAGGGAAACCUGACGUCCCACACGCGUGUCCACGCCGCAGAGAAACCCUUCCAGUGUAAAGAGUGCACCCGGGCCUUCUGUCACUUGACGUCUUUAGAGCGACACAUGCAGGAGCACAGCAGCGAGGUGGCGCAGGCCUGUAGCGUCUGCGGCCAGGAGUUCAGGAAGCAACACAGCCUGCGACGACACAUGAUGACUCAUCAAACCGAUGCCGCUCAUAAGCCAAAGAGAUACCGCAGCUCGACACCGGCGUACACCUGCAAAGUGUGCGGGGACACCUUCGACAGGAAAACCUUGUUAGUUAAACACGUGGAGACUCACCUGCAGGACCCAGACUGCUGCUGUGGACUCUGUGGACACCACUAUGAGUCUCCCACCAGCCUCGCCGCUCACCUACGCUCCCACCGUGAGGUCGGCAACACCUGCGACAUCUGUGGGAAAUGCUUCCCAGCUCACGCGGCGCUGCAGAUGCACAUGAGGAUCCACACCGGUGAGAAACCAUACACCUGCCGCUUCUGUGGGAAGGCUUUUAACCAGAGCGGGAACCUGAAGACGCACCUGAAGAUACACACCGGGGAGAGGGCGUUCUCCUGCAGCCUCUGUGGGAAGGGCUUCACCCAGAAACAGACUCUGGACACUCACGUCCGCUUCCACAACAAAGAGAGACGCUUCCUCUGUCAGGUCUGCGGAAAAGGUUUCAUGCAGGACGUGGACCUGAAGAGACACAUACUGAUCCACACCGGAGAGAAACCGUACAGCUGCAGGAUUUGUGGGAAGAGCUUUCAGGCCAAAAGGUCACUGAAUGGACACCUGAAACUCCACACGGCAGAGAGCGAUGAGACCGGGACGGAGCCGGAUCAGGCUUCACAGCAGCAGAGGACGGACGGCUUCUACUCAGGAUUUCUUCAGCUGUAGAGGACUGGUUUUAGAGACUGAUGACUGUUAGAGCUGGACUCAGUUCCAGACUACUUCACUGAGAAUGCACCGGCCCGCGACCCUCGACCCUCGGCCCCGAGCCCUGAGCCUCGGCCCUCGGACCUGUUCUAGACCUGCAGCGAUUCGUCGAUUCAUCGUUUCAGUCAUGGAUUGUGGAAAAAAACAAAAAAAUUGCUUCCUUCAGUUUCUGAAAUAUGAAGAUUUCUAAGUUAUAUCUGACAGUUCAUUCAAGUUCAAGUGUCUUAAAGUUUUGGACUGUGACGUCUUUGUUGUGUCCGACUGAGAAAACGUUUGUCAUUUGUUACUAUUUAUUAACAUUUCAUACAUUAAACGAUUGGUUGAUAAUGAAAACGAGCAUCAGCUGCGUCCUGCUCAGAGGACACAGAACCGAGGAACCUCAGAUCUGACCAAUGUGCAGAACGUGCACUGGGUUCUGUUCCUGGUGCUGAGUCCACAGUUCUGGUCUUCGCGGCACAGACGUGUCUGAUGGGAAGCUGAGGUCCUGUAAAAUCAGCACAGCCACUGAAACCAGACGUUCCUCAGCAUCAGGAACCAACAGAACAACAACGUAUGGUUAUUGUCGUAAAUCUGCAGAAUAUUUUCUGAUGAAUCGUUUGAUGUGUGAAAUGACAGAGUGUCAGAAUCAGAGCUCAGAGUUUCCGGUGGACGGACAGUGGAAGGGACAGGUUCAGGAUCAGCAUGCAGCUGCUGAUCCUUCAGACGCUGUAUGCUUUAUGUCUCUGACUCGAGACGUUUCCUCAGUCUGCUCCUACAACUGAAGAACACGUCAUGACGAUGAAGCAGAAACUAUAGUAGCUGAAGAACAACAGAACGACCUGUGGAAAACAUGGAUGGCUCUCUGACUGAGGUUCUGUGGAUACUGCCCCUAGUGGCUCAGAGUGGUAUCACACUUAAAGCCUGUGUGUUUUAUUUACAGCAGACGUGUCCAAACUGUCCCACAGAGGGACAUGUGGCUGCAGGUUUUUGUUCCAACCAGUCAGCAUCACACCAGACUGGACUCAUUUAAUCAGCUGAUCUCAGUUUUCAGACAGCUGAUUGGUCAAACUGUGUCCACUUCAUUGGUUGGAACAGAAACCUGCAGCCACACGUCCCUGUGGGACAGUUUGGACACCUCUGAUUUACAGUCUUUGAUUCUUUAACUUUAUGAGUUAGUGUUUUUACUUCCUUUGCCUUUGAUACAUAUGAUGUUGAAUACACCUGACGUCACCUCACCUGCCCACUGUCUGUUUCCUGUAGUUCACCUGUUAUUUCGUGUUUCUUCUGUAAGUUGUUUAAACAACUGUCAGGGGAAAGGUUUCCUGACCUGAACCUUCAGUUUCAGGUCAGAUUCACCCAGCGCUUCACAUUCCUGGUCCUGCAGCGUGAGAGCAUAACCAUCGCAAGCCUAGACCCCUGACGUGUCCCCUGACGUGUCCCCUGUAAAUGACGUCUCUGUUGACUUGUCAGUUAUCACUCAGUCGCCCAGAAACCUCACAGCUCCACGUGAGUUACACGUAUGUUUCGCAGCCUGCUCUGGUUCUCCGUACACACUCGCUCUCCAUCACUGUCAUUAAUCUUUUUCUUAGAUUUUUAUUUUUCCUUAAACUCUUUGUCUAUUUUUCCUGAUAAAGCUUCUACGUACGUUGAUCAUCACUGAC